AUGGAGAGCGAAACUCAAAGUGCAGGCAAAGAUGAGGUCUUUUCGGUUGAACUUUCAGCUCCUUCUGCUUGGAAGAAACUGUUCUUUCCUAAGAAAGUAGGAACUCCAAGGAAAAGUGAGAUUGUGUUCAUAGCCCCUACUGGGGAAGAAAUCACUUCCAAAAAGCAAUUGGAGCAGUACCUAAAGGCACAUCCUGGGAAUCCUCCAAUCUCGGAGUUUGACUGGGGAACUGGUGAGACCCCUAGGCGAUCAGCAAGGAUUAGUGAGAAGGUCAAAUUGACUUCACCGGCGGAGACUGAGCCUCCAAGGAAACGAUCCCGGAAAUCAUCAGGUUCAUCAAAGAGGGAUAACAAAGAAAACGAACCCGCAGAUGAAGAAUCCAAGCCAGAUCCAGAUGGAACUGAUAACAACAACAAAACAAAGGCUGAUACAGAGGAGAUUAAUAACAGUACUGUUGAAGUGCAGAAUGCAACAGCUGAAAAGCCUGAGGGAGGAGAAGAAGCAUUGUUAGUAGAAUCACGGGAGAAAUUUGCUGGGGAAGCUUUGAAUGCAGAAGUCACUGAAAAACCCCAACAGGAGGAGAUCACUGAAAAGCCCCAAGAGGAGGAGGUCACUGAAAAGCCCCAGGAGCAGGAGGUUGCUGAAAAAUCCCAGGAGCAGGAGGGUGCUGCAAAGCCCCAGGAGCAGGAGGUUGCUGAGAACCCCCAAGAGGAGGAGGCACCAAUUGCAUCAGGAAAAGAAAAUGGCACAGUUGAUGACAGUAAGCAGGACAUAGCAGAUACUGUGAUUCCUGAGACAAAUGGAGGAGCUGAGAAAGUGAACCUGAACCCAGAUGUUGAAGAGAAUAACAAUGCAAAAGAAAUCCCAUUAAGUGAUGGAAAAGACAACAUUCAAGCUGAGGAGCAAGUAAAUAAAAUGGUGGACAAUGGACAAGUUAUUUGGAGCUGUGCUCAGUGA